AUGGAAUCAUCAAUAACUGCUGAUUCUUUAAACAGAAAUGAUGAUCAAUUGCGUGAUAUUGAAGAAAAAACAUUGGAAAUUUUACUGGUUGAUAAAGAGCCUGAGAAAGAACAAGAACAAGAGGAAAAGACAACAACAGUCAAUCAUAAAUAUCAGUUACCACUAUCAAAAGUAAAAGCCAUCGCUAAACUUGAUCCUGAUAUGAACAUGAUAAGCCAAGAAAGUGUAUUAGUUUUAACUCAUGCUACCGAACAUUUUAUUCGUUUAUUAACAAAUAAUUCUUAUACGUCGAUGAAACAUUGUGGAGGGAAAAAAUUGGAUCGUGUUCACGUAUUUAGUGUAAUUAACAAUAUGCCAUUAUAUGAAUUUUUGGAUGGUGUAUUUGAUAACUAA